UAGUGGUUUGUUUUACGUAGAGUGAACAGCCGCAGUUGUGUUCCUUACUCACUACUGACUUAUACUAUAGUUUAGACAAGCAAAAUAGGUAUUUCUAAUGUUGGCCAUGAUAGUGGUCGCCACCGCACUUUCUAGGAUUAGCAUCGUACACACUAAGCCAGCGAGUGAAGGUACUUUAACGGCAAUAGACACAAGAGCGUUGUACGACGAUAUGACACACGACAUGACAGAACAGCUGUACAGCAGCGGCAGGGAUCUGAGGAAGAGGGACGAAUACAGUAAAUACGAACCGCCGAAGAAGCUUGUCGAAAAAAGUACAGAACUUCCCCAGCGCUCCCCUGGUCUCCAGAGCGAGAUCAAGAAGAGGCCAGCGAGUCACAGCGAGGACAUCGACGUGGUGGACCGAGAGGAUCACGUGACGCAGUACCUUGCCGAUCUACUCGUUAAUACUGAUAGCGAGAUUACUAGCUUACAGGCAACCGAACCGGAAGAUGAACAUGACAUCCAUGAGAUAAGAGAAGACAAAUUCUUCGCGUUUCUCACGGGUUUGGAGAGAACGUUCGAAGUGGAAGGUGCCUGGUCGAGACCAGUUUCCGAUGACCUCAAAAACGAAGACGUACCGAACGUUUUAAUGGAUGAAGAGUAAAUGUUGUUAAUGUUGUA